AUGGCAUCAGACUUGGACCAGCUGAUUGAGAUGGGCUUUGACCCAGAGCGUUCUCAGAUCGCAAUCACGAAACCCGGCGGCUUGCAAGGUGCACUGCAGUGGUUAGAAGAUAACCAAGACAAGUCGCUAGAAGAGAUUCAGGCUCAGGCUCAAGACGACGGCCCCGCACUUCAGCCGGGCGAGGCACCACGAAGCUUGGUUUGCAAUGAUUGUGGCAAGAAAUUCCGAGGCCAGUCACAGGCUGAAUUCCACGCAUCGAAGACGGAACACGUCGAUUUCUCCGAGUCUACGGAGGAGAUUGCCCCCUUGACCGAGGAAGAGAAGAAGGACAAGCUGGCAGAACUGCGGGAGAAGCUCGCGGCGAAACGCGCUGGGCAGUCUGAACAGGAUAAGGUUGACAAGAAGAGAAACGAGGUACAUACCUUGAUACUGGGCCCAGCUGUCAGUGGUAAAAGUCAUGCUAAACAUUUCACCCAGGAAAUCCGACGGAAGAGCACCAAAGAAACCCAGGAUGCCAAGGAAGAACUCCGGCGGAAGGAGCAGUUGAAGGAGGCCGCGAAGAAGAAGCAAGAAAAGCAGGACGAGAUCGAAGCGAAGAAGCGCAUCAAGGCGAAGAUUGAGGCGGAUAAGGAAGAGCGGCGCCUCAAGGCCGAGCAGCAGCGAGCCGAGCGUGCUGGUGUAGCGCCCCCUCAACCUGCCGCCGCCCAAGCACCCGCUCCAUCCAAGCCUGCUUCUGCAUACACUGAAACUCGUCUCCGUUUCCAUUCCCCCCAGGGUAACAUCAUGAAGACCCUUCCCGUUGAUACCACAUUGUUCGAAGUUGCAGCCGCCCUGAAGGAGCAAGAUGGAAUUGAGGUUCAAAGCUUCACCCAGAACUUCCCCAAGAAGGUCUUCAAUGCUGAGUUCUUUGGCGAGACCUUGAAGGAAUUGGGACUUGUGCCUAGUGCCAGUCUUAUUGUCCAAUGA